AUGACUAAAGACAGCCCCUCAGGGGGCGGCGGAGGCCCCGCUCUGUCUGCGCGCCAUUCCCCACGCAAGGCCCUCGGCGGCGCUCCUCCUGCCGCCGUGGGGAGCGGCGGCGGCGUCUCCAGCGGGGCGCCUCUCGGUCCUCCUCCCCCUCCACCGCCCUUUCCUCCUGGUGCGGGGCCGCCGCCUCCGCCCGCCUUCCACGAGGACCACCGCCGAGAGCUGGAGUCGCUUCGGGCGGAGCUGGAGGCGGAGCGGCUGCGCUCUCAGGAGUGCCGGCGCCGCUUCGCGCUGGAGUCGCGCGAGCUACGCGAGGCGGCCGAGCGCGAGCGGCAGCUGCUGACCGACCAGCUCCGCUCCAAGUGGGAGCAGCAGCGGGCGCGCGAGCUGCACCAGCUGCGCGAGGCCGGCGCCCGGCAGCGCGAGACCGAGAUCCGGCAGCUGCUGCGCUGGAAGGAGGCGGAGCUGCGAGAGGCCCAGGAGCUGCUGCAGCGGGAGCGAGACGCCGCCAUGCGACAGGCCCGGGACUUGCAGCGCCAGCUGGCCGAGGAGCUGGUCAGCCGAAGCAGCCGAGCUGGCGGAGGUGGAAGCAGCGCGGGUCUGAACGGCGAGUGCCGAGCCAAGCUGCAAGAAGUCCUGGGCAAGCUCCGCUGGGAGGUCGACGGCGACCAGGCCGCGCGCAUCCGCCACCUCAAGGCCGAGCUGGAGCUGGAGAGGAGCCUCUUCCUCAAGUAUAUCCUGGAGCGCUUCGAGGGAGAGCAUUCGCCGCUGGCGUCGUCGCACAAAGUCAGGCCGCCGCCUACGACACUGCCCAGCCAUAGACCGGGCAAGAGCAGGCCCCGCUCCUUGGAGAGCCUCGUGGUCGCCUCCUGCGUCCCCGACAGCGGGACAGCCUCCAAGUCCCGCUCCCUGCACAGCAACCUGAGCCGAUGCGAGCCUCACCCCCACCCCCACCAUGCUCCACUGGAAGGAGGGGGCCAAGCGGGUGGCGGCUGUGCCCCACAGCCGGAGCCCCAGAAGGCUGCGGCCACCGCUGCUUCCUUGGGGAAAGAUAAGGCCCCUCUGGAGGAAGGGGCAAAGGAAGAGGGGUCUGCGGACGCACCCCCAGAAGGGAAAACAUGCGGCUCAGGGUCUGUGGGAGAAGGUGCUUCACUUCCGGCAGGCCUGCAGGGCCAGCAGCAAGACUGGCUGUCGGGAAGUGGCUACAACCAGCUGGUGAAGCAGAACACGGACCUCUUGGAUGCCUUGGGGGCCCUCGAGCAGCGGUGCACCCACCUGAAGGAGGAGAACGCCCUGCUGAGGAAGAGCAGCUUCCCGGAGAUGCAGGACAAAGUGAAGCGGCUGAAGAGGAAGAAUGCGGAGCUGGCGGCCAUCGCCAAGCGCCUGGAAGAGCGGGCCAAGAAGCUCCAGGAAUCCGGCCUCAAGGUUGGUGGCACCCCAAUCCCCUUAGCCUUGGCUUGCCCUGACACAGACCUGUACAAGAGCAGCUUUGCUCGGCAGCGGGUGAAGGACCUGAGCGAACAAACCAAUGUUCUGCUGGCGAAGGACCAGCAGCUGGAAGCCUUGCAGAAGGAGUGCUGGGAGCUGCAGGCCAAACUGUCUUCAGGCACAGAGAAUGCUUGUGUUUUCAACUUAUCUAAGUUUGAGCGCUUGCUGCAAGAGUCUCAGAGAGAAGUGCUGAGGCUGCAAAGACAGAUCAUGCUCGGGAACAUCAGAGAAUCUUUUCAGCUCUCCAAAAUGGCCUCUAGUGAUCUUUCUUCGCCAGUUAUCAUCCCAGAAACAUCAGCUGUGGGCACAUGCUUAAAGGGCUUGCCUUUGCCAAAGGAGGUGCCAGAAACAUUGGACACAUUGGUGAAAGAUGUGGAAUCAGAAGCACCAGUUGUGGGGAACAGUGCUAAGAAUGACGAAAGCAGCACUUUAAAAUUGGGUUCGGAUGCAGAGCAUUCCUUGCAGACUUUGAAAAGGGAGCUGGCUGAAAAAGCCCAGGAGUGUGAAAACCUUCAACGUGAAGUGGAGGUGAAACAAAAGAGAUGUGAUUAUUUGGAACUGCAGAUCAAUGCAGCAUUGAGUGAAAAGGCCAAGGUUGCAGAGGAGAACUCUCAGCUGCAUGAGAAGAACAAACAGAUGGAAAAGAUCCAGAGUGAAAAUACUGAGAUAAAGGUGAAGCUCGUGCAGGCAACUGAUGACUACAGUUCUGCCAUGCAGUUGACUAACGGACUAGAGAUUAAAGUGGAGAGUUUGGAGCAAGUCAUUAAGAACAUGAAAGAGACGGCAGAAGGAUGGCAACAGUUGGAAUCUGAACAUGAGAAAACUUUACUGGUGCUGCAAAAAAAAGAGGGAGAAAUACAACAACUACAUCAGAUGCAGACAGAGAUAAACAGAGAGCACGAGGAGGCAAUACAGCUGCUUGAAGCUCAAGUGAAAGAGCUGGAAAACCAGUAUCACAGUCAGACCAAACACUUUAAUCUCCUGACUGAAGAACUUGAGCAAGUUAAGACAUCUGGGCUCUUAGAAUCAGAAUUAUCCCAUGCAACUUGCAAUUCCCAAGCAAUAAUUUGCCCAGGAAAAUGGGAACAAUGUACUGGCCACAGUCACCAUUGCAAUAAAAGCAUCAGUGAUGAAGACUCUGCAUCUGUGGGUUCUUCUGGCUUGCCCAAAAAACCUAAAGCAUUAGAAUCCCAGUCAAACUCAUCUGCAUCCGAAUCCAUACAGAACAGCUCUAAAUCUUGCCUAAAUCCCGAAGAAGAUACAGCAGGUGAAACAGAAGACCUAGAAACAGAUAAAGUUUCUAUAAGCCAACAGCUAGAAAAUCAAGGCCCUUCAAAACUUUCUGUCUUUCUGGCACGCUAUAGCUACGACCCUUUUCAUGGCCCUAAUAAGAACCCUGAAGCAGAACUUCCACUGACAGCUGGGGAAUAUGUUUAUAUUUAUGGAGAAAUGGAUGAGGAUGGUUUCUAUGAAGGGGAAUUGAUGGAUGGUAGGAGGGGACUGAUCCCCUCAAACUUAGUUGAAGAAGUUUCAGGUAAUGAUCUAAUAAGUUUUGCUCCUUCAGAGCCAAGUGAUGUUUCUUAUCAUUCAUACCGUGAAAUAAGUUUCCCCUGCCAAAGUGCUAGUAGUGAAGACAAAAGCGACAGCCUUGAUGAAGACAUGUGUGUUAAUCUGCUGUCUAACAGACUGGGAGGGGGGCUGUCUCAUGACCAAGCAGCAGUACUUUGUCCCCAGAAUCUGACUCUUAUCAAACAGUUUGCUAGGUCCAUCCUUAUAGGCUGGGACCCACCACACAUGCUAGAUAGCCAAGGCAAAGUGUACAGCUAUAACAUUUAUGUCAAUGCAGAACUAUGUCACAGUGUAAGGUGUGGCAGUCAAAUGAAAGCAGUGAUUGAGAACCUAGACUUAGACCUGCGUUCUUAUCGCAUCUCAGUUCAAAGUGUGACAGACAAAGGAAAUUCCGAUAAGAUGCAAUGCACUUUCCUUGUAGGAAACAGUUUCCAUAUUGCACCGGCGCUCCUGGAGCUUUGGAGCAUCACUGCAACGUCAGCAAAAAUUACUUGGUUGCCAAGCAACAGUAACUACACUCAUGCAGUGUACCUUAAUGAGAUGGAAUAUGAUGUCACAAAAGCAGGGGUAUAUUGGUAUACUUUCCAGAAUCUUAGACCCAGCACUCAUUACACUGUAAAAGUGGAAGCACUGCCUCCUAAAGAAGUGUUGAUGUUUCCUCAAGGGGAUAUGGAGCAGAAAUCAGCAGCAAUUAGGUUCACUACUCCACCAGCAGGACCACCUCAUGCUCCCCUCGAUGUCCAAGUACAACCUAGUUCUUCUGCAGAGUUCCUAGUUGUUAGCUGGUUGCCAGUAACAAUUGAUGCAGCGGGAUCAUCCAAUGGAGUAAAAGUCACUGGCUAUGCAAUUUAUAUCAAUGGACAGAAAGUCACAGAAGUUGCAUCACCAACAGCUGGAAAUAUAUCAUUAGCAAUGUCUCAGCUAAAUAUGUUCCAAGGGUCUUGGAAAGUCUCUGUGAGAACUAUGUCCCCUUUUGGGGAAUCUGAGGAUUCUGUGCCAGCUUUAAUUCCGUCCACUCAUUUGGAAAUUCCUAAUUCUUUAAUAUCAAAGUUCUUUCCCCCCAAUCAUGCCUCUGAGAUGACAGAGUUUGAAGAUGGGCACAUCUCUGCCACAACCAGUAUGUCUUCAUCUGUCUUCUCCCACAUGUGCCUGGCUGGUGCAGACACCGAUUUCACCAUUCACUUCAUGUCUGAUUACAAAGAAGCAGCAGUUUCUGUGCCAGGGAAUGUUUCUCAGAAUCAUAUGAUCUCUUCUGCACUGACAACUUCACACGAUGCAGGAAAUAAAGACAAGGCAGCAGCAGCAGCGGCGGCAGGGCCCAGCGCAUCGCGCCCCGCCGCCAUCCCUUCGGCCGUCACGCAGCCCAAUCCUGGGGCUCCCGCAGCCUGCCAUGGUAAAGAAAAGGCCGCGGCGCAGCCAAUGCAGAGCCUCCCGCUGCCGUCCCAGGCCCAGCGGGAGGCCCGACGACGAGCGGUGGCGGCGGCAGGGCCCAGCGCCCUCAAACGCCGCCGCCGAAACACACGAGAAAGGCCGCGGCGCGGCCGAUGCUGGGCUCCUUCCCCCGCACUCCCGGGCCUAGGGGAGGUCCGCGGCAAAAGAAAAGGCCGUCGCACGGCCGAUGCAGAGCCUCCCGCUGCCCUCCCGGGCCCAGCGGGAGACCCGACGACACCUGGAAAAAGGCCGCGGUGUGGCCGAUGCUGGGCUCCCUCCCCUGCCCUCCCGGGCCUAGGGGAGGCCCGCAGCAAAAAGAAAAGGCUGCAGUGCAGCCGAUGCAGAGCCUCCCGCUACCCGACGGGCCCAGCGGGAGGCCCCCAGCGGGAAGCCCCACAAUGA